AUGGAAGACGCGCUCAGUAUGUUCAACGCUUUCGAAGUCAGGACCUCUAACAAGGUCAUGGAGUAUGAUCCAGAAUCGUUCUCAACAGCCCCUGGAUUUGUAGGAGCAUCUGAACAUAAACUAGCCGCGCAAGUCAUACUUGAGAGGCUGCCAGGAGGCAAAAAUUGCACUCAUCAUAGGCUAAAACCAGCAGGAUAUGAAACAGAACAGUACAAAACUGCAGAACCAGCACGAAAUUACCCAUUUACACUCGACGAUUUUCAAAAAAAAUCUAUAGAAUGUCUAGAAAGGGGUGAAAAUGUAUUGGUAUGCGCACAUACAUCUGCAGGAAAAACAGUUGUGGCAGAAUACGCCAUCGCAAUGGGAUUAAGAGAUCAAAGGAGAAUCAUAUACACCAGCCCUAUCAAGGCACUAAGUAACCAGAAGUACAGGAAUCUAUGCGAUGAGUUCGUAGAUGUUGGACUUAUGACAGGUGAUGUAACGCUUAAUCCAGAGGCUUCAGUCAUGGUCAUGACCACUGAAAUUCUAAGAUCCAUGCUAUACAGAGGUAGCGAAAUAGUACAGGAAAUGAAAUGGGUCAUUUUUGAUGAAGUACACUACAUGAGGGAUGCAGAAAGAGGGGUUGUAUGGGAAGAAACGAUUAUACUCAUACCUCAAAAAGUACACCUAGUCUUUCUAUCUGCCACUAUACCAAACUCAAUAGAGUUUGCUGAAUGGAUUUGCAGAAUCAAAAAUAUGCCAUGCAAUGUUAUAGCAACCGACUACAGGCCAACGCCACUACAACAUUAUAUAUAUUCACCAGAGUCAAAAGGUGUUUUCCUUGUUGUAGACGACUCCGGGAGGUUUAGGCAAGAUGCGUUCCUAAAAGCAGUUGGAAGUAUGGAUACAGUGGAAGAGGGACGACGCAAAAGAGGCAGAAAUACAAAAGAUAUAGAUUCUGUAGUGGCAAUGUGUAAUGACAAACAAUUUACACCGGUUAUAGUAUUCGCAUUCUCUAAAGCUGAAUGUGAAGCUAAUGCCACAGCACUCAGAUCACUGGAUAUGACAGAUGAAGCAGAAAAAUCACUCAUCAAUGAAAUAUAUCAAAAUGCUAUGGCAACAUUAGCAGAUGAUGAUAGACAACUGCCACAGGCAGUGUUUAUGCUACCCCUACUUAAAAGGGGAAUAGGGAUACACCAUGGAGGACUGUUACCAAUUAUUAAGGAAAUCAUAGAAAUACUCUUCCAGGAAGGACUUAUCAAGGUACUAUUCAGUACGGAAACAUUCUCAAUGGGGGUCAAUAUGCCAGCAAGAUGUGUAAUUUUCACAAAUCUCAGCAAAUGGGAUGGACAAGUUAAUCGGCUUAUCACAUCAGGAGAAUAUAUACAAAUGGCAGGAAGGGCCGGUAGACGUGGAUUGGAUGAACAUGGUCUUGUUAUCAUCAUGAUGGAACGAGGAAUCAAACCAGAAGAAGCAAAAUCAAUCUUUUUGGGGAAAGCUAAUAGAUUGGAUAGCUCAUUCCAUCUAGGUUACAACAUGCUACUGAACCUAAUAAGGAUAGAAAACACAACACCAGAGUUCAUGAUAGAACGAUCGUUUCUACAAUUCCAAAGAGAUGCGAAUGCAAGAAAGUACCAAGGUGAACUUAUACGGGUGCGCAAGGAAAUUGAAGAAAAAAAAGCAUCGAUUAGACACGAAGAUUUGGUAGAACUCACACAAGUGUACACUCUACGCAAAGAAAUAGCACAGAUUAAGGGAAGUAUAGGCAGGUUAGUAUCCAGGGAUCUAAGGAUACUCAACUUCCUCAACUUUGGUAGAGUAGUCAAACUAGAAAAUGAAGGCGUAGUUUGGGAAUGGGGGAUCGUCUUUGCAACACCCAAGGUGAAAAUUAGGAGAAGUGCACAAGAUAAACAGAAAUUCUACAUUGUAGAUUGCCUCGUACUAUGCGAUCGUGAUAACAUCACCGCUAACAAGAAGAACGCUCCAAUACCCGCGAAGGAUCCUUAUAACGGCGUAUUCGUAAUAGUACCGUUCGCAAUCGAAUGUGUUAAAGAGAUCAGCCAGAUAAGGAUGCAAAUACAACAAGAUUUUAGAGUUAACAGUGAUUUGUGCCAAUCUACAAUGCGUGCAAAGUAUAUGCAGAUGCUAGAUUAUAUCAAGACACUGCCGUCACCGCCAAUGCUAGACCCUGUGGAACAUAUCAAGAUCGAUACACCCGAAAUGAGGGGGCUGCUUAACCAGAUAACAGCACUUGAGCAACAGUUGGGGGCUUGUAAGGUGCUAGUUAGCGGCGAAUAUGAGGCCAAGUAUGCCUCAUUUAUGGAAUAUGUAGAAGCACAAACGAAAGAAAGGGAAGUAUUGGAAAACAUAGAGAGGUCACAUCAAAUAGUCAUGAAAGAAGAAUUGAAACACAUGAAAGAUGUAUUGAGGGUGUUAAAUUAUGUAGACGAUCAAGGAAUAGUUACUAUCAAAGGUAAUGUAGCAUGUGAAAUUAAUGCUACAGACGAAUUGGUUGUAGCAGAGAUGUUCUUACGUAACUAUUUCGAAAGUAUGGAACCGGAGUACAUAUGUGCAGCGUUAAGUUGCCUAGUGGUGGAUGAAAGGAAAGAUGAUAAAAAACCUACUGACCUAAAGCUGGCAGAGGCACACAACAAGAUACAGGAAAUUGCAAGAGAUAUCGCAAAUGUCAUGGUAGACAAUCACCUUGAUUUGAACGUUGAGGAUUUCGUAAACAAGUUCAAACCAACGAUGAUGACGGUAGUCCUUAGGUGGGCCAAGGGCCAGUCAUUCGCAGAGGUAAUGUCGGAAUCUACCCUUUUUGAAGGCUCAGUGAUCCGAUGUGUGAGAAUGGAUGAGAUACGCGCACAAUGGGAAGCUCUUAUGGGCAAUUUCGAAAAUCCCGUAGAUUCUAAAGCCGGAAAGAACUUCCAAGAUAGCGAUGUAUGUAAAAUGUAUCUAGUAGGGGUGUGCCCAUACGAGCUAUUUGAAAAUACGAAGCAUUACAUGGGACCAUGUCCAAAGAUACAUUGCGAUGAAUUAAGAACAGAGUAUUUAGAAGAAAGGAAGAAACGAUACUAUGGAUAUGAAGCGGAUACCCUGCGAUUCAUUAUACCCCUCAUUGAGGAUUGCGAUCGCAGGGUACAAAGAGGACGCCUGAGGGCAGAGGAUGAUGUGGCAUGCAAACAGACAACGUUGGAUGAAGGUACAGUAGAAGAAGCGAAACGUAUAGAUGCAGAAAUUGAAAGAAAGAUGCAAAUUGCCAACGAACUUGGAAUGAAAGGAGAGGUCGAGGAAUCGUUCAAAGUUUUAGAAGAAGCAGAAUUAUUAAAGAAAAACAAACUUGAAAUGCUUGAAAAAGCAGGAGAAACAUCUUAUCAAUCACGCAUCAAACCAUGUGAUAUAUGCGGUGCACUACUCUCAGCAACGGAUACUGACCGUAGACUCACUGAACAUUACAGUGGGAAAAUACAUAUCAGUUACCAAAAACUAAGAGAUAUGUCCAAAUUGUUAACAGAAUAUAUUAAAGAACGUACAGCAGACCGCAAUCUUAUAGUAGCAGAAAUAGAAGUGUCGAACGCAGCUCAAGCAGAUCAUAUGGAAACAGAAGAUCAUCAACAAGGAAACAUAGUCGUAGUUCAAGGUCAAGAAGCUCCAGUAGUAGCCAAAGUGGUGGUGGCAGUAGUAGUAAUAGGAAAUCACACCGCAGACGUAGCAGGUCACGUGACAAGAGUACCAGGAGAUAUUAAGUCAUUUCGAUAA